GAUUCAGAAAAAGAUCUCCCCUAACUUGUCCAAACAGAACCACACAAUACCGAAACUACCCUCCACCAGAACAACCAAAAACAACAACAUCCAAGGGCUCAUUCGUCAUUCCACAGAGUCCCCCCGAAACCCACCACCACCACAAAAACCCUCCCAUCUCCCAAUUAGCAACCACACACACACACACACACACACCGUGAUAUGGGCAAAGAGGAGAAGAAGUUCAAUUGGGGCUCCGCCCUGGUCGGCGCGGCGGCCGCCACCGCGACGGCGCUGGUAAUCUCAACCAAGCCCCGGGACCCCACCUUCCACCUCAUCUCCAUCGAUCUGACCUCAUUCAAGCUCAAUUUCCCCGCCCUAGACGCCGAGAUGAUCCUCACCGUCCACGUCACAAACCCUAACGUAGCCCCGAUCCACUACUCCGACACCGAGAUGUCGAUCUUCUACGACGGCUCCCUCCUCGGCUCGGCUCCCGUCAUGGCCGGCUCCCAGCCGCCCCGAUCCUGCCAGAUGCUCCGCCUCCCGGCGCGGCUGAGCGGCCUCCAGCUGGCGCAGAACGGGAAGAAGUUCCUGGCGGACGUUGCGCGGCGGGAGAUGGUGCUGGACUCGACGGUGGAUAUUAGCGGGGCGGCGAAGGUGCUGUGGUGGAACCACAAGUUCAAGGUGCACGUGGACAGUCACGUGAUCGUUGACCCUCUCUUCUUUGAUGUCAUUGACCAGGAAAAUAACUCUAAACUGGAUUUUGUUCAGUCGUGAAUUAUUGACUGUUUGGCUAAUUAUUA